AUGUGCAAGAAUGUGAAGGGAGUAACAUGGGAAACAGAAGCGUUAAUGGGAGGACAGACUAAGACGUCGAGAUGGGAGCGCUUUUGUCCUAGAGCCGCUUUAUCACAUAUUGGCCUAUUUAUUGCGCUCAUGCUGUAUACCGCUGGUGGAGGACUAGUGUUCCGAGCUUUGGAGUUUCCAGCAGAAAUGGCUAAGCAAGAAUAUCAUCGAGAUCGCUUGCUUUCAGAACGAUGGAACCUUAUACGUGUUAUUGCAGAUUAUGGUACGAAUGGUACUGAAUUCGUCAGCAUGGAGAAAUUAAUUAGCGAUCGAUUAGCAAUUUACGAAAAGAUACUUGAAGAAGCGUCUUCUAGCGGGUUGUCUUUAGAAGUAGAAAGAAAUUUUCCACCGUCAGAAGAAAAGUGGAGUAUACUUCAAGCGGUUUUUUUCUCCUCCACGGUGCUCACUACUAUAGGUUAUGGUAACAUAGUUCCUGAAACAUUUUGGGGAAGAUUAUUUUGCAUCGCUUAUGCCCUUAUUGGCAUACCGCUGACGCUCACAGUGAUUGCAGAUUUAGGCAGAGUUUUUGCUACAGUUGUAUCCGUUGCUGCUAAACAGUUACCUGCCAUGCCUAAAUGCUGCAGUCGAAUGUCGGAAGUAAAUCCAACGAGCCAACGUUCACUGUACGCCUUGUGGGCUGUUUGUUUUCUCUUCGUUUAUCUGUCAGCCGGCGCAGCAUUAUUUAAAAUGUGGGAGGACGACUGGAGUUUUUAUGACGGUUUCUACUUUUGUUUCAUUACAAUGACAACUAUUGGCUUCGGCGAUUUAGUUCCAAAAAGACCUAAGUAUAUGUUACUGUGCACACUGUAUAUUCUCAUUGGUUUGGCGUUAACAUCGACUAUUAUUGAGUUGGUACGGAGGCAAUAUGCCAGAUCUUGGCAGCAACUGCGCGCACUGUCUGGACCGUUGGCAGACACACUUAGAAGACUCGGCGACGCCGGCAGGGGAGUCGACGUGUCUGCCCUACACAACGACCUGCGAAAGGUUCUUACAAUUGUCACUAUGCCUAGGUUCAGUGGUGGUAAAGAUGCAUUAGCGGAGAAGCGUCGGUUGGAGUGGGAGGCUGCUGUGGAAGCGGUCAUUAGAGAUAUCACCACACCUGUUCAGAGCCCUCAGAAACCACCAAUUGUUCAAAUAGUAAUUUAUGAAUCUUCAGUUUAG